GUUGUGGUGGUACUGGCGCUGAUGGUUGGGUAGUUGUUGCCAGAUCUUUCUUAAGAAUGAUGACGUCCAAAAUCACUAAAACAACCACUACCAGCAAAUAAUUAAUUAAUUAAUUAAUUAAUUUAAUUAAUUUAAUUAAUUAAUAACAGUAGCAGCAACAACAAUAAUAAUCCUUUCUAUAACAAGCACAAAGCCAGCAAUUUCAGGGUAGGAGGUGGAGGGGGAGCUAGUCGAAUACAUCGAACCCCAGUGCGUAACUGGUACUUAUUUAAUCGACCCCCGAAAGGAUGAAUGGCAAAGUCGACCUCGAUGGGGUUUGAACUCAGAACGUGAAGUUGGACGAAAUGUUGUUAAACAUUUUCUCUGGACAAAAUGUUGUUAAACAUUUUCUCCGGCAUGUUAACGAACUCCGUCAAAAAGUGAUCGAUUCUAUUAUUCAAAUGCUUAUCAUCAUCACCACCACCACUACUACCACCCCUACAAUACCCAUUAAAACUACCGCUGCUGCUGCUACUACUACUUAUGUUAUAGGUGGGCAAUACCUGGCAGCCGUAGCUGUAACAGUCACGAUAACAUUAAGAACAAUUGGAAAGCGAACAACAGUUGUAUUUACCACAACAACAGCAUCAACACCAGCAGCGACCACAACAGCAACAUCAACAACAAUUGCGUUCACGUGGGUUGAGAGCACAACUUGCACUAUGCUUAUUCGGUGGCAGGGUUCGCGAUAGCAUCAACAGAAGCACCGACAGCGAGGAAAACGAAGUGCAGCAGCUGCAAUAACAACAAAAAUGAAACAAGAAUCAAACAACAAAAACAACUUGGAGCCGUUCGCAGUUUCCACGGAGAGAAUGGAACAGAACGGAACCAGAAUUUCAAAAAUAGAAUCGCUGCAAUGUUGAAGUGCAACCACAGAAGAUCGAUGAUUUGUUCUGAAGGCAAGAAAGGUGGGUUUUAUUAUCCUGUGAAACUAACAGAUUGACCACUCACUCUAAGUUGGUAGAGGUCAGCUGAGGACAACAGCUGACCACAGACAAGCCACACAGCGAAUCACAGCAACAGACGACAUACAUCAGACUUAUGACGGACACUUCAAACACAAGGAGACUCCGGCAUCGUAAGAAAGAAAAGGUGAAUUCCGAUGGAAGGACCUUGGCUGAAAGGAUUGUUUCGCAACGCGAAACGGCUGCUAAGGAAGCACAGUUUUUCCCCACGACAACCAGAGCCGGCAAGGAAGAUGUUUCAGGGGACCCUUGUAACAAUCCUCCACAGACUUCUGAUAGAGCUGAGAAAACCUUUGAAUUCUGGGAUGACUCGGAUUCAAGUGAAAGUGUUGAUAUCACGCAUAUAACCAAAGAAAUGAAUGAUACCAGACGAACUCCGACCCCAGAACCAACACAUUGCGACAGCAACUCAAGUUUCAUAACAGAAAUGGACUUCUUACAUCAAAACAAUGAACUGAUUACAAAUACAUUCACAUCCAACGAUUUCCCGUCGUCGUAUAAUAAACCACUACAGCCCGUGUAUAGUACAUACUUAGCAGGACAUCCUUUCCAUUUGAAUAUGGACGUUGGUCGAAUUGUACCUCGGUUUGAAACGAACGAUUUAAAUAUGGCGGGCACUUCGUUAGAGCGAGGAAAUCGCUUUGAAGGGGUACGGCAAGGGUGGGCUAGUACAAGUAAUGAAAGUUCAACCGAUAUAGGGGUAGAAAAGCCACGUUUACGAACUCGAUCCAAACGUACUCGAAGUGGCUCUUUUGUCAACAGCAAUCAAGACUAUAAUAUUCCACUGGCUCAAAAAGUUCUCCUUCAAAGAAGAAUCUUAGCUGUUCAUGAAAAUAUUGAGUGACAGGGCUCUAAUGCAAUCGAACGAAGGGAAGAUGGUAAAGAAGAAAAACAGCAGGAAGAAAAUCGAACGGAGACCGUUUCUUCUGUAUCUGUGAGGUCAGUUGAAGAGCCCCAACCUACCAACAAUAAUAAUUAUAAUAAUAAUAAUAAUAAUAACAAACGGAAUCAUAAACAGAAUAACAAGGAAAAUGGUGAUGUUGAUGGUGCUAGUGGUGGUGGUGUUGGUGGUGCUAGUGUUGGUACUGGUGUUAGCGAUGGUGGAGGUGGACGUGGUGGCGGCGGCGGCGGCGGCGGCGGCGCUGCGGCACCUGCUCACGAUAGUUAUGAUGGUGAGUUUGCGGCCUUCUGCCGCGAACCUUGUCCACUGGAAGACAAGAAAUGUCCAAUCCACUCCUCUCAGCAAUCCCAAAGACAACCGAUUCGAGGAAGCAGUCCAACCAUUGUCGAUAAUACUCCAAGACACAACCAGCCUCAUUCUACGAACUCUCUGUCGGCGACAUCACUACCGCCAUUACCAUCAUCAGCGUCACUACUCGCGUCAGCAGCAGCAGCCGAAUCUUCACAUACGAACAGUACUCCAGGAAAGGUUCGACAAAAUUCAGGAAGAGAAUAUUCUGGAAGGGAAGGAAGAGGGGGAAAUAACGUAGGAGAUAUUGAAGGAAGAAAGCCAAGAGAGAGGAAAAGUAGAGAAUCAGCAGAAAAAGGAAGAGUGGGAGGAGAGAUAGGAGGAGCAGGGGCAGGGGCCGAUUCAAAUAUUUGGAAUUAUUCGUCUAAAGCGGAAACAUUGGGUAACAAUUUCGAAAAUUCUCAUCGAACUUCGAUAAAUAGCAGAGUUGACUCCUCGGUAAACCCUCUUCAAAAUUUCUCUCCUGGAAUAAAUUCCUCGGUUGGAAACAACAAUAUUCCAGGCAGAGAAAACCAGUUUGAUCCAAGCAAAGAUUUGACGAUUCUGUCUGAAACUGAACAGAGACCAAGAAUUCGUAGACGAGGAACUUUUACUGUAGAUUCAGAAGACAUUGAUAUGUGUAUGAGGACACUGGAGAAAAUGGUUGACCAAAAUCUAAAUAAUUUGGCGUCUGGCACAACAGAGGAACCAAAUAUUUCUCGGGAUAAUGAAGAACUCAAGCGGAAAGUUCUGGGUGCAGAUUUUCAGAAGAAAAUUGAUACGUUUUUAAAUGAUAUAUGAAAUUGAAACCGCAAUUCCUCUUUGAUUAAGUGAGACAGUAACUAUUCCUAAGAAUCAAAGAGAUCCAUUCGUAUAUCCAGCGUUUGAGAAAUACAUCUACCACUGGAUAGAAAGCCAGUCUUUUGAAAACAAUUUUCCCAGAAGACCCAUGUUAGUAAUUCCGAGCUGAAAGUUGAAUUAAGCAAAGUACGAGAGCAACGAUUUCUGAAAUGGUAUAGAGACAGCUGAUGUGUAUCUGUAACCAUUGUCUUAACAACGAAAUAUCAAAAGUCAAACAGAAAUACUUACUCAUACAAGUACAUGUACACACACACACGUACACAGACAUACACAUACAUGCAGAUAAUGAAUCCUGACUGUCGCACAAAUAUACUGAUGAUUUCAGUAUAUGAAACAAUAUACACUGCCUUCAUUUUGCCUUAUCGUCUCAAAGAUCCUUCAGAUCAACAAACUCUGAGUAACGAUAGUGUGAUUCAUCAUCUUCAAAUAAAUAAAUAAACUCUA